AUGGCGGAGCGCAGGAGGCACAAGAAACGAAUCCAGGAGGUGAGCGAUCCCACCAAGGAGGAGAAGGCGGUGGCCAAGUACCUGCGCUUUAACUGCCCCACCAAGUCCACCAACAUGAUGGGCCAGAGAGUUGACUACUUCACCGCGUCCAAGGCUGUGGAUUGUAUGCUGGACUCCAAGUGGGCUAAGGCCAAGAAGGGCGAAGAGGCACUCUUUACCACCAGAGAAUCAGUGGUCGACUACUGCAACAGACUCCUGAAGAAGAAGUUCUUUGACCGAGCGCUCAAAGUAAUGAAGAAGAAGACUGAGAAGGAGAUCAAGAAGGACAAGGACAAGAAGGCCAAAGGUGACAGUGCUAAGGAGGAAGACAAAAAGGGGAAAAAGGAUAAAGACAAGAAGAAGGACGUGACGGAUGCUGGUGACUCCAAGAAAGACAAGAGCGACGAGAGCCCGAAGAAGAAGAAGGAGGUGAAGAAAAAGUUUAAACUGGAGUUGCACGAGGACCAAAUCUUCGUCGACGGAAAUGAGGUGUACGUUUGGAUUUAUGAUCCUGUCCCCUUCAAGACGUUCGCCAUGGGACUGAUCUUGGUGAUCGCUGUGAUCGCCGCCACGCUUUUCCCGCUGUGGCCUUCCGAGAUGCGCGUGGGCGUGUACUACUUGAGCGUGGCCGCUGGCGUCUUUGUGGCGACCAUUCUACUUCUCGCCAUAGCUCGCUGCAUCCUCUUCCUGUUCAUCUGGCUAGUGACGGCCGGGCGCCACCACUUCUGGUUCCUGCCCAACCUGACGGCCGACGUGGGCUUCCUGGACUCCUUCCGCCCGCUCUACACGCACGAGUACAAAGGCCCGCGAGAAGGAGGAAAAAGCGGCAGCAAGAAGGCCAAGGACGACAAGGGUGGAGCCAGCGGAGGAGGCGGCGUCGAGGCCCGUAAGUCAGACAGCGACGACAACAAGUCGGACAGCGAGAAGAAGGAAGAGGAGGAGGACGAGGAAGAAGAGGAUGACAAGGAGCGGAAAAGCGGCGAGGAGGAAGAGCGGCGCUCGGACACGGACAGCGAGCGCAAGGAGGAGGACGGAUCGCAGCACAGCAACGGCAACGACUUUGAGAUGAUCACCAGGGAGGAACUGGACCAGCACACGGAAGAAGACGAUGACGAGCGGAAGGAGAAAGAGGAGCCCAAAGAAACUCCGCUCGGCGAGGAGCAAUCAUGA